AUGAGCCGCAACGCCCCUCACGACUUGGAGCUGCAACAGCCGCCUCAGGCCCCUUAUGCCACCCAUAGCUCGCAGCAUACCGGCGUAAAAAGUCCAGCAUACCAUACUCGAAAGCAGUCGGCUCUUGUGGUUAGCGAUCAAGUGCACAGCUUCGACGACGUGGACAUUACCGGUCUCCAACCACCACCUUCCGCUUUAACGCCCACUACUGCAACUGCAUACGACCCACAUGCACCUUCCCCACUAGAAGACUUCCCUAGAGCUGGCCGAAGUAGUCACCAGCGGACGUUGACUGGCACAAUCUUCGACAACUUCAAUCGCGCAACAUCGACAAUUCAACAACAUACUUCAAGAGCAUCUUCACCCUCAAAGUCUCUGGCAAGCUUCAUCCCCUCAAGAGGCGCUAUCGAAUCGAGCGCUAGCCAGCCUAAGAUUAGGGCGCUACAGAACUGGUUCAACGGCUCCUCUGCGCCCGUGAAGCUGGGUGUCCAGCCACACGACGAUUAUUCGGAUUCCGGCUCCGAGUCUGGAGAGGAAUACGACUCUGAGUCCGACGAGGAGGAAGAAGAGGAGAGGGGCAACAUGAUGACCAACCUCUUCAACCGUGGUUCCUCACUCACGAGGGGCACCUCGCAGAGCCCCAUACGAUCGGAUCAUACUCAAACACCGAGCAAGGCACCGAGCCAGCCUACCACUGGCAGCAAGUUCGCAUGGUUGCUGUCCACACAGAAGAAUGCCGCCGUCCCCCCUCCACAGCAAUCGCCGACAUACCACAACCCCGACGAUGAGCUGCUUAACUUGAACAUCUCUCAGUCGCUCUUCCCACACGGACCCGCCGAUCCACUAGCACCCUCGUCCUUCCACGAUCUCCUCACCAACGCCGAAGCGCUUCUCUCUCGCUACCAGACCGCCUACCGCCAACUCUCCAAUGAUUUAGGAGAUGCACAUGCCGAACAAAGCGCGCAGGAUGACGAGCUUGAUGAGGCGGAGACACGAGCACGGCACCUAAAGAUGCAACUAGAGACGAUGGCAGCACGAGCAGCUGAUCAAGAUGAGCAGAUGCGAACCCUCAUGGAGGACCUUGCAUUUGAGAAGAAGGCUCGUCAAGAAGAAGAGGCAGCUCGUAAGAGGAGUCUGGCCCUCAUCAGAGCAACACCACAGUGUGAGCACACUUCGUGCCAGGAGACCGCCCGUCGGCACAACCGCGUAUCCGGCUCGGAGAUCAGCGUCGAUUCUGGCUUCGAGUCAGAGACCGAGACCGAUGCCGCGAGUGUGUUCUCAAGAAACUGCCUCAGCCCUACCGGUACCGACCGCUCCUUUGUUCUCGACAACGAUAUCCACGACAUCACACCGAAGGGCCGGAAGCUUCAACCACUACAACGAGGAAGCACAUACGACAAGGGUCGGGAAGGCAAAGUCGAUAUCGCAAAAGGUGGAUGGGGAUGCGCCAACUGCCAGGGCGGCGCACAAUCUGCUGUCUGGGGUCGUCUAGCAAAGGAACGAGAGGAGAACCGCACACUCAGACUAAGGGUUGAGACUUUGGAGGAGGCCGUUGAUGGUGCUUUGAAUGCUGUCGCUGGCGCUUGGGGGAUGUAA